UGAGAGCAGAAGAAAAGUUCGGAGGGAGCGGAAAGUUCCCCCCCCCCCGCCCACAGCGGGGUGAGCGGCGCAGGCCCAGCAGGAGCUACUGCAGUAGCAGAGGAGAGGGCAGCCCGUUCACUGGUGGAGAGGGGACAGUGGUUGCCUUCCUCACUGCAUCUUUCCCUGUGGGGCCAGGUAAGGAGGGGACCAUGGCCAGAGUGGUGAGUGCAGAAGACUUCAGUGGAUUACGCCCCUGUUCUCAUGGAAUCAUAUUUACUGCAAGACCACAGUCUACACCAAGCAGAUCAUCGUCAUGCAGAAGCAGGCAAAGCUCAAUUAAAUCAGCAUCAUCUACAUCUGUGCGCUCUGUCCCAGAUCCCACACUGUCCUCCUCAGAAAUUGAGCAGAUUUUACUUAAAAAGACAACUGAAAAAGAAGGUGAACUUAAAAAAGCAUUUCAGACAAUCGACAUUGAUCACACCCUAACAGUCACAAAAGGCGAAUUCAGGAGAGUAAUUGAAACCUUUCUUUUUCCUCUGACACAAGCACAGUUUGAUUCUGUGCUGGCACAGAUUCCGAUGACUAGCAAAGUUACUGUACCAUAUCUUGACUUCCUGGCAAAGUUCACUAGGGUUGCCAAAAGUGCCAACAUGCAAAGAAGAUGGAACGAUAGCCAAGGCAGCCAAACCAUGACAUUAAGUCAGCUGGAAUCCCUCUUAAAGGAAAAGAUUUCAAAGAAUUUGAAAAGCAUCAUCAAGACCUGUAGACUUUUUGACUAUAACCGAACAGGACAAAUACAGCGGCAUGAGCUAAGACGGAUUCUUGAGAUCACUUGUUUCAGGAUGAAGGAUGCAGAGUAUGAAAAACUGUGGAAUCAUUCCUGUGUUGGUAAAACGAAUACAUUGGAUUAUAAAGAAUUUCUGAAGAACCUUGGUAUAAAUAUGGGUAUAGUUAAGAAAAAUGCAACAGAAAACCAACGCCUAGCACUGAACUGGGAAGAGACACAAGACAAGAUGCCAAAACAGAAUAAGCGGUCACUACAGACUUCACCAGCUGAGGGUAGUUUGAUAGAAUGCUCACUAGAUGACAUUGAGAUGGCUUUUAGGAAAAAGCUGCACUCAGCCUAUCAGGACAUUGAAAAAGCCUUCAGAGCAUUUGAUGUCAGUCAGAGUGGAUUUGUGUCUUUGGAUUACUUAAAGUCAGUCAUAAAUGGCUUUAUAUUUCCUUUACCAAAUGGAACUUUUCAAGAGCUAAUGAGUAGAUUUGGAUUUAAAGCCACAGGUAAAAUUGCCUGGCAUCAAUUUUUAGAGAAAUUUCAGGACCCUGUGACAUAUGAAAAUGGACAGACACUUCCUAUAAGAAAAAACCACAGAGUAAACCCAAUCAGAGGAAUGGAUGAAGCUUUCUCAAGUAACAGUGUCCUUCUAAAGCUGCGCAGACACAUCCAAAAUGCAUAUCCAUCACUGAAGCAGGCAUUUCUCAUGAUUGAUACAAAACAAGAUGGAAAGAUCACAAGAAAUGAGCUUCGUCGCGUUUUGGACUGCAUCUUAUUUCGAAUAAGAGACAAGGACUUCCAAGACCUAAUUAAGAUAAUUGAUCCAGAACACACUGGGUACCUCAGCUACCAUACAUUUUUAGACUUAUUUGAAGAAAAGGAAUCUCUAAUGGGUCAUAAAUGGCUUAAUGGAACAAAGGAAGUUAAGAAGCCACCUUCUCUUGUUCUGGCUUGGGAUACUGUGGAAGACAUUCUUUCGGAUAAAAUCACGGAAAAUUGGAAAGACUUCCACAAGGCUUUGCAGACCUGUGACCCUAAAUGUACAGGCAUUAUUAGCAGAAAUCAGCUAAGAAAAAUUGUACAGAUAUAUUGUCCCUCUUUGUCCGAUGAACAAUUUAUAAAGCUAUGCCAUAAAUUUCAGGAUAUUUCUCCUGAUGGGAUUCUUUACAGGAUGCUUUUGGAGAGCUUAGGAGUUGCUGUUUUACCUGGUGAUUUAACUGGUAUCAGCACACAGAUCUCAAAGGGAAGUCAACAGAGAGAAGAAAAAAGACAGACAGAUCUUUCAGAGAGAAUGAAACAGAUUGAAGAUCAAGCCAAUAAGCAUACCAAGAAUAGAACUGUCGAUGAAGUAAUUGAAAGGCUCAAGGACAGUGUGAUACAACAGGAAACAACUAUUAAAGACAGCUUUCUUGCCUACAACAAGCAACCAAAUGGAAAAAUUAGUAAAGAUCAUUUCCGGAAGGUGUUGGAAGAUCAUGGGAUGCCAAUGGACGAUAGCCAGUUUAAUCUACUGACUGAGAAAUUAAGAUUCCCAAAUGGAGGGCUGAGUUAUCUUGAUUUUGUAGCAAUAUUUGAAGAUCCCAGACUGAAUGGACCAGGAACUACAUUAUAUUGCAGUCCAAACCACCGAGUAAAUAGCACUAAAUUUCACUACAUGACUGCUGAAGAAUGUCUAAGUCAAUUUAAUGAUAAACUGAUGGGAGGAUAUGGGGACACCUAUUCUGCCUUCCGUAAAACAGAUAGUAACCAUGACGGUAUCAUCAACAUGCUUGAUUUUCGACACCUCUUGGAGAGUUUUGUGUUCCUCCUUACAGAUAAGGAGUACUCACGCCUACUUGGUUUAUUGGGCAUGAACCUGAACUCUACAUUAAAUUACCAGGAAUUCCUUCAACUGUUCCAGACCCAAGAAACAAAAGAGGCACAUCCUUGGCUGAAUCCAUCUCACAAACCAAAACAGACAAUAACGGAUGCAGAACUAGCUUGUGAUCAGGCUCAUUACUAUCUUGUUGUCAAAGCACAGACCAGAUGGCAUGACCUAGCAAGGACUUUCCGUGAGUUUGAUAGCGAAGGCAAUGGCAUUGUGCAGCCAGAGGAUUUAAGAGCUGUCUUAUUCAGAUUUGCCAUUCCAAUCACCCCAAAAGAAUUUGAAAAGCUUUGGGCAAGGUAUGAUACAGUUGGAAAAGGCUACCUUACUCACCAGGAAUUUCUACAGAAAUUGGGGUUAGAGUUUGCACCAGCUGACACUGGACUAAGCAGAUAUAUUGUGGAAGACAAUUAUGCAAGUUUAAUGGAGCAUUACAGUAAUCAGCAAAAGAAACAUUUGGAGAUGGAAGAGCAGCAGAAACAGCAAAUUAAAGCCCUACAUGUCAGUGAGAUUAAAAAGCAGAUCAAGGAUAAAUUUAGGGACUACUUCCAAGAUUUCAACAAGGCCUUUUAUAAACUGGAUAAAAAUAAAGAUGGCUAUAUAACAGUAGAUGACCUACGCAGAAUGCUGCAAGAAUUCAACUAUUAUCUUGAUGAUGAACAGUUCAACAGUCUUCUAAACAGCUUAGGAAUCAGUAUUCAUGACAGCAAGCUCUCUUAUUUUGAUUUCCUGAGAGCGAUUGAUGAUGGCAGAGCAUCUAAAUACCAGCAGAGACAAAAGCAUGCUGCACCACCUGCAAGCUUUGCAAUGCUCAGCUUAGAAAAGACCCUAAUUAAGAUAAAAGAAAUAGUUACAUCUUCUUAUGAUUUGUUAUACAAGGCAUUUUCUCUGUUUGAUAAAGAAGGCACUGGGGCAGUUAAAGCAUUGGAAUUCCGCCAGGUACUUGACCAUUUCUGCUUUAAGCUAUCGGACAAGCAAUUCAGGCACCUACUCAAGAAGCUAAGGAUUUAUGAAAAUUAUACAGUAGACUGGAAAUUUUUCCUGAAAAAUAUUGAUCUCUUAGAGACUGAGAAAGGGCAGAAAGUCACUCAGCCUAAAUCUUCUCAGGAGUUGUCAAAGAAAGAUAUCCUUACGCGUAUACAAGAAGUAGUGACUGCUCGCUUUAACACCAUUGCACAAGAAUUUAAAGAUACUGAUUGUGAGAAAGUUAAUACAGUAUCAAAAGAAGACUUCCGGGGUAUUUGCAACCAUCACUUUCUGCUUCUGACAGACGAACAAUUUGAAAACCUCUGGAAUAGAGUGCCUGUUGAUGCCAAUGGAAAACUGAAGUACUGUGAUUUUUUGAAGAAGUUCAACUCCGAAGUAGUGACAAUGCCAUCAGAUACUCCAGCCACAAACAAUGUUACAUCUUCCUCCAAGGGUGUGGGGAUCAUGGCCAAGCUUUAUGAUGCGAGCCUGAGAUCUGCAAGAAUACACUGCAAAGACCCUGUGAAUAUUACAACUCCAGUGUCCAGCCGGCCUCGUACUGCAAUGGCAUGGUCCCCUCCUUUACUGAACUGCGAACCAAUAGAAAAUAAAAUAAGAAAGAUCAUUCAACAUUCCUGGAGAGAAAUACUGAAAGACUGUAGAGAGAAGGAUGUUGACCGACUAGGAGAAAUCUCAACAUCCGAUUUCUUAGCCAUAACAGAGAAGUUCAGUUUAGAUUUAAGUAAAGAAGAGGUUAGCCAAAUAGCAACAAAAUACGACAUUAAGAACAAUGACAAAUUUGCGUACUGCGACUUUCUCCAAAGCUGUGUCCUAUUAAUGAAACCACAGGAAAGUUCAUUGCUACAAAGAAUGAUCAUUCAGAAGCCACGAAUACCGGUGCUGCGUCAGUAUCACAUCAAUCUGACCGAGGAAGAGUUUUUUCACAUUUUGGAAUUUUAUGAUAAAUCAUUAUCUUCAAAAAUUUCCUAUAAUGAUUUCCUCCGGGCAUUCUUGCAAUAG